AUGUUUCGAUCACUUAAUGGUGGUGGCGGUGGUGGUGGUGGUGGUGGUGGUGGGGAUGAUGAUGAUGACGAUGAUGUAUCAACAAAUGAAAUUGUCACACGAAAUCAAUCAUCAAAAUCAGAUUUUCAUAAAACAUUGACACCAAUGAUUGGUAAAGAAAAUUUUGAACUUCGAAAAAAAUUAUUUGAAAACCCCGAUGAUUCGUCAUUUGCAGACGUUAUUCCUUCUGGCAAUGAAGCACCCAAUACAACAAGUAAAUCCUCAUCACAUCAAUUGCUCAGUUAUUUAACUUAUCAUAAUAUUGAAUGGAAAUUAAAAAUUCGAAAAGAAGUUUUUUCACCAAUGGAAACAUUUGAUCAACCACUUUUAAUUGAUUUAUUAUAUUUACAAAUUGUACAUGAUACAUUUUCAACAAUAUGUAUUCGUAUAAAUGAAGCAGAACGAACAAAUAUGAAAACAUUUUUAUCUUCACAUGGUGUUGGAAUCAUUGAUGAUAUUAAUUUAAUAAAUAAAUUAUCAAUUAAAAAAUUGAUUAUUGAACAAGCACGUCAAUGGGCAGCAUAUUUUUGUCGAUUUUAUCCUGUUUCUAUACCAAAGUAUCAUUCUGGUGAAGUACAAAUGUUAGGUAUAUCACAUUUAGGUGUGCGAUUAAUUAAACGAAAUCGAACAAAAACUACUAAUGAUACAUUGGAAGUACUUGAAACAUUUCCAUUUGAUAUUAUUCAACAAAUUUCACCAAUUCGAAAUGGUUCAACAAUUGAUUUACGUCUAACAAAAAAACGUAUUACCAUUCAUUCACAUCGAAUUCAAAAAAUUAUACAAAUUAUUGAUAAAUUUUUAAAAGAAUCUCGAAUCGAUAAAAGUAAAAAUUCUCGUACAUCUAAUCAUAAAUCUUCUCGCGAAAAAUUAUCACCAAAUUUAAUAUCAAAUACAAGUGAUCUAUUAAAAUCAUCAAGUCAAGGUAGUUUAAUGAGUUGCAGUCAAACAUUUAGUGAACUUAUCCCAUCUAAUUCAUUUGAUACUCAUACACCAAAACCAACACAAAAUGAUAUUGUUAUUCCAAAUCCAGCUACAUUACCAGGUGGAUAUUCUAUGAUGGAAUUUGCUUUAAAAAAUUUUCAAAUUCCAAAAUGGACAUGGCAAGAUUAUACUGAAUUAAUUAGAUGGUCAAAAAGUCCAAUUCAAUCAGCACUUCUUCGUCAAACAUCAAAUGAUACAACUCGUAUUGUUCGGCAAGCUUUUCUUGCUAUCAUGCGUUUUAUGGGUGAUCAAACAAUGCCACGAGGUCACAGUGAUAUGGAUUGUGUAUUUUAUCUUCUAAAAAAUAUGCAUAAACAUCGAACAAUAAUUGAUGAAAUUAUAUGUCAAAUUAUAAAACAAUUAACAGAUAAUAAAAGUACAAAAAAUGAUAGUGUUCAACAUGGAUGGAAGUUUCUUGCUAUUAUACUUAAUUAUUUUAUACCAAGUGAAAAUUUACGACCAUAUUUUGUUAAAUAUCUUAAUGAUAAUAUGAAUCAAAAUGAAAAAUUAGUACGAUUAUGUUUAAAUCAUUAUGAACAAACAUUAAAAUAUGGUGGAAGAAAAAAUACACCAAGCAAAGCUGAAAUUGAUCUUUUUACAGUUAAUGGUCGAAAUGCAGGAAAACGUCAAAUAGUUUUAUUACCAGGAGGAUUUCCAUUAGCUCUAAUGGCAACACCAUCAAUGGUAAUUGGUGAUUGUCUCAAUCUACUAUGUCAACAACUGAAUAUAUCGAAUAGCUUAGAACAUGAUGAAUAUUCUAUUUUUAUUAUAAGUGCUUCGGAAAAUUCAUCACGUUUAUUAAAUCCAAAUGAAUAUUUAUUUGAUAUUCUGAGUGAAUGUGUUCGAUUAAAUAUGGAUGAUUAUCAUUUAAUUAUAAAACGUAUGCUUUGGUUCACUAUUCCAAUGAUACUUGAUGAUAAUAACAAAUCUGAAAUAUUUAUCGAUUUUAUGUAUCAUCAGCUUGUACCAGAAUUACUUGAAGAUACACGAGAAACUCUCUUUACCAUACCAUAUAACGAUGUAGUUUCAAUUCGUCGUCAUCAAAAUUUAAUCGAUAUUAAGCAUGGUAGUUUAAAUCAACCUCAUCUUCUUCAAUGUCAAGCUGAUAGAUCUCAAGAUCUUGUUGCAUUAGCUGGGCGUUAUUUAAGUUUUAUUGGUCGUAGUUUAACAUCGGCGUUGGAGAGAAAAUGUGAUUCUCAACAAUAUCAUAGAUCAUCGACAUCAACAUACAAUGAUCCAAUUACAACAUUGGAUUGGUUUACUGUUGAAUUUGGUCUAUGUUUGGAAAACAAUGAAAAAAAAGCUUAUGGAGCUGGGCUGUUAUCAUCUUUUGGUGAAUUACGAUAUUGUAUAACGGAUACACCAACAGUAAUACCAUUUGAUCCAUUUCGUGCUGCUGUUCAACCUUAUCCAAUUACAAAUUAUCAAUCGAGUUAUUUCUUAGCAGAGAGUUUUAAGGAUGCCAAAGAAAAAUUACGUCAAUAUGCAAUGACUAUUCCAAGACCAUUUAUCACUCGUUAUAAUCCGUAUACACAAACUAUGGAAGUAGUCAAUGGUAAUGAACAAAUUGUCAAUAUGGUUCGAACAUUAAGAAAUGACAUGGAUAUUAUUAUUGAUGCACUUCGAAAGACGGGAUUAACAUUAAGCUAA